AUGUUGUUUCUCUUGUGGACGACACUACUAGCCAUUUGCCACGGGAGUGCAAUUGACCCAAGGAGGAAACCAUCGGCGGUGACGGUGAUCAAUGAGGUGGAAGGAGGGCCGAAACUGAUGGUUCAUUGCAAGUCGAAGGACGACGACAUCGGCGUCCACAUCCUCCCGCCGCACCAGAACAUCCGGUGGGGUUUCCGGCCGGACUUCUUUGGAAGGACGCUCUUCUUUUGCGCCAUGGAUUGGGGUGAAGGGCUUCAUUGGUUUGACAUCUACGUCGAGAGCAGGGACUACGACAGGUGCAAAGAUUGCCGCUGGCUGAUCAAGAAAGGAGGGCCGUGUUUGACGAAUCCGGAACGCGAUUCUUGCCAUUACUGGAACAAAAAAAAGUAUGUGGUAGAGAGAAGAGAAUAA